AUGCGAGCGACAUACAAGCACGACCAUCCGUGGUGUAAGAAAGGGAAACAACAUGCCCAGUCCCCCCCUUUACACCUACACUUUCUACAAUCCGAAACCUUCGUGGUUCUGAGCGGCGAACUAGGCACGACAACGACAUACUCGCUAGUCGACACAAUCCACACACCCGCCAACACAGGUGAAUCGAAUCCCCACGAACUGAAACCUUGGACACCACAUACUUUCUGGCCCAGCCCCGAUGCGGCCGAGGAUACGGUCAUGAUGGUCUGGGCUCAUCCGGAAGACGUCGGGGAUGAGAAAAUGGACCGUCUAUUUUUCCAGAACAUGUUGAUGUACGUGAGCGAUGUGUCCGAGGGGAAGGAAAAGUUGAGUCUUUUCCAAGUCAUGUUGAUGCAGUACGUCUCCCCUCUUUCGUAUUUUCCCGCAAUUUUUGGCACCGGUCCUUAA